AUGGAAAUCCAAACAGAACCUUUGGACUUAUCAACGAAGUCGUCCCCAAACAAAUUCAUGAACAUAAUAGAUUUGAAAUUCCUCGCUGGCUUGAACAGUCAUCUGGUGAAGUUGUACGAAAGGACCAACUUGGGCAAUAAAGAGUUUGGUCUGCCGCAGAGGGGCGUGAAGAAUGUGCUGCCGUGUCAAGUUUGCCUGAAGACCUUCGACAGACCUUCCUUGUUGAAGAGGCACAUGAGAACGCAUACUGGAGAAAAGCCCCACAUCUGCAAUGUCUGCAACAAAGGAUUCAGCACUUCCAGCUCUUUGAACACGCAUCGCAGGAUACACACUGGUGAAAAACCUCAUAAAUGUCCGGAGUGCGGCAAAUGUUUCACCGCCAGCUCAAACCUCUACUACCAUCGGAUGACUCACACCAAGAACAAGCCCCACAAAUGCACAUGGUGUCCGCGUUCUUUCCCCACUCCUGGCGAGCUGCGCGCGCACUUGGCGGCGCACGGCGCGGCAACGGCGCACGCGCACGGGGCGGCAACAACGCGGACAAACUGGCCAAUGAGGAGGAUACGGCCAGGACUUGGAGUGUUCUCGACUACUUAG